GGUUUCUAAUUGCUACGACGGAAGUGUCCGCUGCGUGCCCCUGCGACAUUGUAGACUGGUGGAAGGAGCUGCCAUGUACAGGAGAGCGCUUGUAACGUGGUGUCAGGGUCGAAGCCCGGUCGUUUUCGCUCAGGACGUCUGCUUAUAUUAUCCGAAAAGUAAUGAAACGGCGAAUCUCCGCGUUUCCAGGACCAUCGUUCCUGGUGUAUGCAGGACCCUGACUGCUGGCACGCCACUCUUCAGCAAAGAUCCAGAUGAACUGCCUUCCCAGGAUGCCACACAGAGGAGGGACACUAAGGAGGCCGAAAGGCAGGAGGAGGGUAAACCAGAGAGACCGGGCAAGGAGAAACUGCUGGAGAUCCUGGGGCAGAUGAAGGUGGAGGUGGUGAGCAAGAAGCCCAAGGUGCCCCAGGAGGAGGGCAGGUCACGGCCACACCCUGCAGAAAUGGAGAGCACCAUUAGCAUGUUCCAGGAGGCCACUGCAGGGGUGUCGCAGCAGAGGGAGAAGCUGAGCCCCAAGCUGGUGGCAGCAGCCUCUGCAGCGGCCGCCUCGUUGCCUGACAGCGCACGGGCUGAGUCGGAACUCCUGCAGCAGCUGCGGAGGCACGAAGCUGUGACCCAAGCCCAGAAAGCGACAGAUGGAAGCCACAUCGGGAACAUCAUCGCAAACAUGAAGGUGGGCAGACGGCCCCCUCUGGCGCAGACAGGCCUGCGGAACCCCCUGGACGAUGAAGAGGACGAGCACGGCGGGCGGAGGAAAGCGCACUCCAGGGGUGUAGCUACCGACGAGGAAAGUGGUCGCAGGAAGAAGAUGCAGCUCGGAGGAAAAAGACUGAACAUUUUCACACAGGUUGAUGCCAAGGCGAAAGAAGAGGUCGCAGCCGUUCCCGCACCUCUGACUCUGUCCCUGUGGGACGUGGAGUUUGCAAACACCAUUGGCACCGUGGUGAACACGCUGCCUCGAAACGGCUUUGAGGAGAUGAUCGAGUGGACGAAGGAGGGAAAGUUGUGGAAGUAUCCCAUAGACAAUGAAGCCGGGCUUGAGGAGGAGGCCCAGGUACCCUUUCAAGAACACAUCUUCCUGGAGAAACAUCUGGACGAGGGCUUCCCCAAGCAGGGCCCUGUGCGUCACUUUAUGGAGCUUGUGGUCUCUGGCCUGGCCAGGAACCCCUAUCUGACAGUGGCCCAGAAGGCUGAGCACAUCGCUUGGUACCGCGAGUACUUCCAGAGCAAGGAAGACCUGCUCCGGGAGGCUGGGGCCUGCUAGAACUGAGCGGCGCUGGUGUGCCGGCCCCUCCAUAUGUCCUCCGUUCUCAAACACUGGAGCUGUGGACCUGUGGGCUAACCUGUGAUGGAUAAAAUAUUGCAGUCAGCAUCUGCCACAACACUCGUGGAGGAGAGUAGACCCCGUGUCCUCACCUUGUUCACUUUCAGCUCUGCGUGUGGAUCUUGUUGACACUCUGCUGAUGUGGGGAAAAGUACCUGAGGUGUUGAGAUCUGAAGAUGCAACAGAUGCUUUUGUAGAAGGAAGGUUUCAGCUCUUAUUGUUGGGAUGAUUUCAGUAUCAGAAGUGCAAACAUUUUAUAGCUUUUUUUGUUAUCGUUUAUGCGCUAAGAGGUGGAACAUGUCUGUUUUGCUAUGAAAUAAUGGUUAGUCAACAUUUUCUAACAUGAAGUUAAACCUUAUCGUGAUUGAAUGUAUUUAAAAACAUUCAGAACUGUAAAUCAUAACACCUUUUUUUUUUGGUUUUCUCCUGUUAAUGUAAAUACACACUGCACACAGAUCCAGGAAUUUGGCAGUGUUCAGCCAUUAAAAUGGUACAACCAAAACAAUGUGUAUUCA